AAUUUAGCUUUAAGAUACUAGAAGAUUUAGUACCAUAAAAAAGAUUCAUCUUUUUUGGAUUUAUUUCCAAGGCUUUUUAAAUUGAGCAUGAACAGGAAACUAACGGUAGCUGAGGCCGGCCGCUGGAAUGGAAGUUCUUGGUCGUGGAAUAUCCAAAGGAGAAGAGACCCGAGAGACAGAGAAGCUGAAGAGCUUCGCUUAAUGCAAGCCAUGCUGGGUGAUACACAAAUGAAUGUAGCUGCUGACGAUGAAAAACUCUGGCGAUUUAACAGAAGCUCAGGGUACACUGUGGAAGGAAGCUUACAAGCACAUGAUAGACCAUAGCUGCUGCUUGGAUAAUAUGAUUUGCAAAGUUAUUUGGAGCAGACUUAUUCCUUCGAAGGUUAGUACUCUGGUUUGGAGAAUCAUGUUAAACAAAAUCCAAACUAAGGAUAACUUGUUAAAAGAGGCCUAUUGCAUGUAGAAGCGGAUAUUAUCAGGGAACCAUCUGUUGCUAAUAAGUUAUAAACUCUCAAGCAAGAUUCGGCAGAAAUGCUGCAGCUGGUGGGGGAUAUGUUUUGUUUGCCCUGGGACUGUUGAUGACAUGUGUUAUCAGUUUGCGCAUCGAACGUUUGGCCCUUACAUUCUGGACAAGGAGCGUUAAUUUUUCUCUGUGGUACUUUGGUCUAUUCUGGACAGCACGAAAUGGGAUUGUCUUCAAACAAGAACAGUGGGAUGAAGGUAGAAUAUUUGAUUUCAUACAAGCUAAAUCAUGUGUGGCUCAGAGGAAAAGCAGAAGAUGUACAAUUCACUUUUAGUGAUUGGAUUCAGUUCCCACUGGCUUGUGUUGAUAGGAGAUAAUGCUGUAUUUAUUGUAUAGUGACUGUUCUUAAGACUUUGUAAUGAACAUGUAACAACUUGAGGAAUUCUACCUCUUUUAAUAAUAUUUCAUUUUGGCU